AUGGAACGCUUUCUUCGAUCACUGCUAAGCACCACCCCAUGGGCAGUCGCUCGAUUAGCCCUCAAUGGCGCUGGUGUGUUCUGCACCUGCACCCUGGUGUGGGAGCACCUAGUGACCAUCCAAUCGAGUGAGGGUCCUUCGAUGUAUCCGACUUUCAACCCACGGGGUGACUGGCUUCUUAUUUCACGACGAUAUGCGAAUGGCAAGGAUAUUCAGGUUGGCGAUGUGGUGCGAUUUAAUCACCCCAACAUACUCGGCGCGCAUGCUGCGAAACGGGUGCUCGGGCUGCCUGGCGAUUUUGUCUGCCGCGAUCCGCCCUACAGUGCUGGGGCUGGCACGCAGCCGGAUAUGAUUCAGGUUCCCGAAGGACACGUUUUCCUAAUUGGCGAUAACCUUCCCUGGUCAAGGGACUCGAGGAACUUUGGGCCUUUGCCAUUGGGAUUGAUCAACGGGAAAGUUGUCGCUCGAGUCUGGCCCCCGUCCAAGAUCGAAUGGGUGCGUAAUACAAUGCAACCAGUGGAAUCGGACUAG